GUGGGGGGGGGGGCAGAUGCCGCGGACUGCGAGCCGGAGCUAGGCUUCUGUAGAGCGCAGCCGCGAGCGAGGCGCGGGGGAGGCGAGCCGGAGCCCUAGCGCUGGCAGCAGCCAGUGUCGGCGGAGAGCACCCGGGCGCAGCCGAAGCCGGAGCGCUAGCAGCAGCCAGCGUCGGCGGAGCGCACCCGGGCGCAGCCACCGCCGCGAUGGCCGUGGCCGUGGGGAGACCAUCUAAUGAAGAGCUGCGAAACUUGUCCCUUUCUGGCCAUGUGGGCUUCGACAGUCUCCCUGAUCAGCUGGUCAACAAGUCUACUUCGCAAGGCUUCUGUUUCAACAUCCUGUGUGUUGGUGAAACAGGCAUUGGCAAAUCCACCUUAAUGGACACCUUGUUCAACACCAAGUUUGAGAGUGACCCAGCGACUCACAAUGAACCUGGUGUCCGGUUAAAAGCCCGAAGUUAUGAGCUUCAGGAAAGCAACGUCCGGCUGAAGUUGACCAUUGUUGACACCGUGGGAUUUGGAGAUCAGAUCAAUAAAGAUGACAGCUACAAGCCAAUCGUGGAGUACAUCGAUGCCCAGUUCGAGGCCUACCUGCAGGAGGAACUGAAGAUUAAACGCUCCCUCUUCAACUACCAUGACACGCGGAUCCACGCCUGCCUUUACUUCAUCGCCCCGACGGGACAUUCGCUCAAGUCUCUGGACCUGGUCACCAUGAAGAAGCUGGACAGUAAGGUUAACAUCAUUCCGAUAAUUGCAAAAGCCGACACCAUUGCCAAGAACGAAUUGCACAAAUUCAAGAGUAAGAUCAUGAGUGAACUAGUGAGCAACGGGGUCCAGAUAUACCAGUUCCCCACGGAUGAAGAAACUGUGGCAGAGAUUAAUGCAACAAUGAGCGUCCACCUACCGUUUGCUGUGGUUGGCAGCACCGAAGAGGUGAAGAUUGGCAACAAAAUGGCCAAGGCCAGGCAGUACCCCUGGGGUGUGGUGCAGGUGGAGAACGAGAACCACUGCGACUUUGUGAAGCUCCGGGAGAUGCUGAUCCGCGUCAACAUGGAGGACCUGCGCGAGCAGACGCACACCCGCCAUUACGAGCUGUAUCGGCGUUGCAAGCUGGAGGAGAUGGGCUUCAAGGACACGGACCCCGACAGCAAGCCCUUCAGUCUCCAGGAGACCUAUGAGGCCAAGAGGAACGAAUUCUUGGGAGAACUGCAGAAGAAAGAAGAGGAGAUGAGGCAGAUGUUCGUGAUGAGAGUAAAAGAGAAAGAGGCCGAGCUGAAAGAGGCCGAGAAAGAGCUGCAUGAGAAGUUUGACCUGCUCAAGCGGACACACCAGGAAGAGAAGAAGAAGGUGGAAGACAAGAAGAAGGAGCUGGAAGAGGAGGUGAACACCUUCCAGAAGAAGAAGGCGGCGGCUCAGUUACUGCAGUCCCAGGCCCAGCAGUCCGGGGCCCAGCAGACCAAGAAAGACAAGGAUAAGAAAAAUGCAAGCUUCACAUAAAGCCUGGCAAGCCAAGGAUGUUCCCGCAUUCACCUGCUUUUGCAGUAAUAAUUGUAUCUCUGCCAUCUGUGUCCUUUUGUUUUGUUAUGGUUAUGAUUUUGAUUUUAUUUUUUUUAACCCUUUCCCCAAACACCAGUAACUCGUAACUCAUUUUGCUGAAUGUUUUGUUGGGUGGUGGAAAAUGACAGAACAAGGGAAUAACAGCGAAAGCUCUGUGCGUCUGGACCUUGUUUCUGGAAAGUGACAUGAUUGGCUUUUUGUGCGCCUACCGAAUGAAAGCGGGAAGCAUGCCUGUUACUUGUAUGUCGCUUUGGACCAAGGACAAGUGGGGGUCAAACGCUGCCUGCACGACUCCCACAGAGACCUGUCACCACCUCAGCAGCUGAACUAAACCCCCGAGUAGCCAUGACAACAACUUGGCACAGUCUCCGUUCUUCGUCUCCGUGACCACAUGGUCCCUGCACUCACUGUCUCUUUCCUCACUCUCCUGGCCGAGGCAGAUGCGUAGGUAGGCAGAAUGGUGGUUCAGCUUUCCCAUAGGACUUUGUACCUGUGGGAGUUCAUGGUCAUCGUUAACAUUCUGUGGCCAGAGCUUGUGGGGAGGUGAGGGCAGAGUCUGUUCAGACCUGCUAGUGUUGAAGACUGGCCAAACCCAGGGUGCUGAUGGUCACCAGGCGUGUGAGGGCAUUCCCAAUCUCUUAGCAGACCAAGAUCUCAAAGGCCGGCUCCCAUA